UUCCUGUCGGCGCCGACCCGGAGGGCGCGGCGGCGAGCGGUGCACCUGAGCGCCCGGGGGCUGCUGGGCCCGUGGCCGGUGCGCAGGGCCGAGCAAGGCGGGACCUCGGCCUGUCUGAAGUGGGCGUGGGGGUCGGCCAAGAAUGCAGGACUUGGAAUAAUGGAUUUAAGCUACAAGAAGGUGGAUUCAGGUUGAAUUUUACGGGGAAAAAGAAUCACUAAUGGUUGGUGUCCUUUAGCUUAAGCUCAUCAGCUGGAGGCAUCAUGAGCAGAAGCAAGCGUGAAAGUAACUUCUACAGUGUUGAAAUUGGAGAUUCUACUUUCACCGUAUUAAAGCGAUACCAGAAUCUGAAGCCGAUUGGUUCAGGUGCACAGGGGAUAGUAUGUGCAGCUUAUGAUGCUCUUCUUGAAAGAAAUGUUGCAAUCAAGAAACUCAGCCGACCGUUUCAAAAUCAAACACAUGCUAAAAGAGCCUAUCGAGAAUUGGUCCUCAUGAAGUGUGUAAACCACAAAAAUAUAAUUGGUCUGUUAAACGUGUUCACUCCACAGAAAUCACUGGAAGAAUUCCAAGAUGUUUACAUAGUGAUGGAGCUCAUGGAUGCCAAUCUCUGCCAAGUCAUCCAGAUGGAGCUUGACCACGAACGGAUGUCCUACUUGCUGUAUCAGAUGUUGUGUGGCAUCAAGCACCUCCACUCGGCUGGAAUCAUACAUAGGGAUUUAAAACCUAGCAAUAUUGUGGUGAAAGCUGACUGCACACUGAAGAUUCUAGAUUUCGGGCUGGCCAGAACAGCCGGGACCAGCUUCAUGAUGACUCCUUACGUCGUGACGCGCUACUACCGAGCACCAGAAGUCAUCCUUGGAAUGGGAUACAAAGAAAACGGUUAGGAGCCUCACGUUUCGAUUGCUAGACAGCGUCUUUUUGUCAUUCCAUUCCUUGGGUUCCUCUCUCAUCUUUUCAUGUGCCUCAUUUUAUGCUUUAUUUAGCUGUUAAAACCUAACGCAUUCUCAGAAUCUGCCGUGUGUUUAGUCUCAGUGUUUCGUGUUGGAAGCACCUUAAUGUUGAUGGUGUUGGGACAGUGCUUUUUUUUCUUAGUUUCUGUGUUCUUCAAAUGUGAAAAAUAACUUCUACUUCUAUAAAGCGGCUAAAAUUAAGCUUAACUACGCACAGGAAGCCGUUGCUUAAU